GCCACGAUGCUGCGCCUGGCUGCCUUCGCAGCGCUGCUGCUGUUCUUCAGGGUCAGCCUGGAGCUGUCCUGGCUCCAGGCCAUCCCUGCUCUCUUCAUCUUCUACCUGGGAUCCGGCGGAUGGGACUUCUUCCUCAUAUUCAUCAAGACCAUACGAAGGGAUGUCCACACGGGGCUGGUGCUGCUGCGCGUGAAGUGCCAGGUAUGGAAGCACGUGCGGGAGAAGAACACAAUCGCCAAGAUCUUCCAGAAGACAGCGAGCAAGUACCCGGAGAAGACGGCUCUGAUCUUCCAAGGCACGGGCGAGAGCUGGACCUUCCGGCAGCUCGAUGAGUACUCCAACAGAGUGGCCAACUUCUUCUACAGCCAAGGCUUCCGCUCGGGGGAUGUGGUGGCUCUCUUCAUGGAGUCCCGCAAUCAAUACGUGGGGCUGUGGCUCGGGCUGGCCAAGAUUGGGGUGGAAACGGCCCUUGUGAACUCCCACCUGCGCAUGGAGGCCUUGCUGCACUGCGUCACCAUCUCCAACUCCAAGGCUGUGGUGUUUGGGGUGGAGAUGAUGGAAGCAAUGCAGGAAGUGCAGCCCUCCCUGGAGAAAUCCAUCCACCUCUACUGGUCCGGGGAAGGGAGCCCCGAGUCUGCGCUUCCUGGUGCGAAACAUGUGGACCCCCUCCUACAGAUGGCCCAGAAGCACCAGCCCACCCCGCCUGAUAAAGGCUUUCUUGAUAAACUCUUCUACAUCUACACCUCUGGCACAACGGGGCUGCCCAAGGCUGCCAUUGUGGUGAACUGCCGGUACUUCCGCAUGUCCAGCCUGGUUUUCUACGGUUUCCGCAUGAGGCCCGAUGAUGUGAUGUACGACUGCCUCCCGCUCUACCACGCUGCAGGGAACAUCGUGGGGAUCGGGCAGUGCCUGCUGCAGGGCAUGACCAUUGUCAUCCGCAAGAAGUUCUCGGCCUCGCACUUCUGGGAGGACUGUGUCCAAUACAACUGCACGAUUGUGCAGUACAUCGGGGAGAUCUGCCGCUACCUGCUCAACCAGCCCUACCAGGAGGCAGAGCGGCAGCACCGGGUGCGCAUGGCGCUGGGCAACGGCCUGCGGGCUUCCAUCUGGAGGGAGUUCAUGGCCCGCUUCGGCAUUGCCCAGGUAGCAGAGUUCUACGGGGCCACCGAGUGCAACUGCAGCUUGGGAAACUUCGAUAACAACGUUGGGUCAUGCGGCUUCAACAGCAGGAUCCUGCCAGGUGUGUACCCCAUCGGCUUGGUGAGGGUGGAUGAAGACACCAUGGAGCUGAUCCGGGGACCAGACGGUGUCUGUAUCCGCUGCAAGCCAGGGGAGCCAGGGCAGCUGGUGGGCCGCAUUGUCAAGAGCAACCCCUUCCAGCACUUCGAUGGCUACCUGAACAAGUCAGCCACCAACAAGAAGAUCGCCAGGGACGUGCUUGCAAAAGGGGACACUGCCUAUCUCACGGGGGAUGUCCUGGUGAUGGACAAAUACGGCUACAUGUACUUCCGGGACCGCACCGGGGACACAUUCCGCUGGAAGGGGGAGAACGUCUCCACCACAGAGGUGGAGGGGACGCUGAGCCACAUCCUCAACCUGACAGACGUGGUGGUUUAUGGGGUGGAGAUCCCAGGGAUUGAAGGGAAGGCAGGAAUGGCAGCCAUCGCCGACCCGGAGAACUCCUGUGACCUAGAGGGCUUUGCCAGCAAGCUGAAAAAGGCGCUGCCGCUGUACGCACGUCCCGUCUUCCUGCGGUUCCUGGACAAAGUCUCCAAGACAAGCACUUACAAGUUCCAGAAGGUGGAGCUGCGGAAGCAGGGCUUUGACCCCACGGUGGUGAAGGACAGGUUGUACUUCCUGGACUCGAGGCAAGGUCGUUACCUGCCGCUGGACCAGGCAGCGUUCGACAGGAUCCAGUCGGGCCAGCAGAAGCUGUAACCGGUGGGGCUCAAGCAAGGCACCUCCCCGAAUCCUGCUGGGGAGAGGGGGGCAAGGCAGGCACAGGGGAAGAAAAGGUUCCAGGAGUGAUGUAAAGGCAUGCUAGAGAUUUUAUUUGACGCGUUUCACAGAUAAUGGUUUGGGGGGAACACAGGGGGACCGAGGGGAGGGGGAUGGUUUCAUACCAAAGCAUAGACUCAUUAUGGCUUUAUUUUCUAUUUGGUACAGCGGUGGUGGUCCCGUGCCAUGGGAGGGGCAGGACCCUGGCCAGUUAAGGAGGAGUGGGGUGUCCCUGCCAUUCCACUUUGCUUUUCCUCUCUUUCCCUCCCUUUUCCUGCCUGCAGCCACCCUUCCUUGUGAAGGCCAUGAAGGGACCAGUGCUGGGCUCUUUUCCCCACUCCUCCAUCAAGCAGCCAGCUCCUCCUUGGCACAGGGCCCCCAAUGGCAGAGGGAAGCUGGGUGCCAGGCACAACCCCUGCCCCCUUGUUGUGUUUCUACUGUGAAUCAGGGGAGCAGGGUAGUGCUGGGCUCGGGAGAGGGACAGGGAUGUGUUUCUGCCAUGCCUUGCUCUCUCCUGGGGGUGACAUUUCUAUAUUUCACAAUCACACGCACAUUCUGUUCUCUUAUAUAUAUAUAUAUAUAUUAUACAUGCUGACUUAUUAUGUUUUUUCAUUCUUAAUUUAUUGUCUGUACUUUUGAAUGUGUCCUGGGUUUGUGCAGUAGGUGGAGGAAUAGCCCAGACCCGGCCUCUCUUGGGGAGCCCUUUUCUCUCCCAGGGAGACGGGCUGCUCAUCUGGGACCGCUUCUCCUCUUCCAGCGUGGAUGCAGCUGUGUGUGUCCUUGUGGCCUUGCUCCGUAGUGAAGGACAUGAGCGAACCCCACUCUCCUGUGGACACUUCUCUGGGUCUUUUACUUCCACUUUUUGUGGAUGCAGCUUUGUUUUGUGCACCUUUUUCCUUGCAGAAAGCAGGUGGGAAAGCGGGAAUGAAGGGUCUGGUUUUGCCUUUGCUUAGAUGCACUCAGCACCAUGGAGCAGCUCUUGGGGCUUUUUCUGCUGGUUGAUGUCUGUGCCCUGAACGUGGGAAGCAACUUGCCAUGGGGAGAGAGCAUCCUCCAGAGGAGGGUGGUCUCUGCGAGAGCCUGACUCCACUUGCUCUGCAUCCCUUCCCGCGAGAGCCCUCCCUGUGUGCACUGCAGGAGGUGGUCCCCAAAGUGAAAUGUCCGUGUUAAACACCUGACUUUGCGCUACGUGAACUCCCCGCGUUGUGUCUGAUGUGAAACGGCCUCAGCAGCGAUGGUUCCAGGCCUCGAGGACCAUGCAGAAACGUCUGUUCCAGAGAAAACUCUUGGGUUGGGGUUUAUUAUUCUCCUCCCCCUCCUUUCCCCCCCCCCCCCCCCUUAACGAUUUGGUUUUAUGCUUUUAUCAGGGUUACUCCUUAAAAUGAUGUCUGUAUUUGUGAGGGCAGGGUGUGCCUGCUCUUCCAGCUGUGUUUCCACACCAACGUACCUGCCUGCCCCAGUCUGUCCUGUCCUCACAAUUAAAUGCGAGUAUGGGCUCUG